CUCUGCCCCCCCCCCCUCUCUCUCCCACUCCGCUUGUUUGGCGAUGGCUCUGUAAUGUCCAGCAGACUAACCGGGACUCUGUCAGCUAUGCGCUCUGGAUGUUCUCCGCAGGUUCCUCCGGUUAAUCUGACCUGAACUGGUUCUCCAUCUCUCCUCAGCGCGCUCUUCUGCUUCUCCUCGCCCGUUGGUCCUGAUAAAGAACGUCGUCAUGGAUCUGUCGUUCAUGGCCGCGCAGAUUCCGGUCAUGACGGGGGCCUUCAUGGACUCCUCCCCCAACGAUGACUACAGCACUGACCACUCGCUCUUCAACUCCUCCGCCAGUGUCCACACCGCUGCGAUGGUGGCACACCACCAGCAGGAGGAGCAGCAGCCCAUGUCCCGUGAUGCUAUCUGGCUGUGGAUCGCCAUUACCGCCACCAUUGGCAAUAUUGUGGUGGUGGGCGUGGUCUAUGCCUUCACGUUCUGAACUGGACGAACACUGGACAGGGACUGAGAGACCAGGUGGGCUAAAAGUGAGCCCAAAAUCCUACAACAGGGUCGUCUUUCAUGUAGCAUAUGUAGGCGAGCUUAAUUCUUUCCUUCCGUUUUCUACAUAGAACAGAGUAUUUUUGAUGCAUCAGUCCUUCUGUUUGCUUCCUAUAAGCUGAUGAAUGAUGGACAGUGUGGCGUAGCGGAAAGUGGAUGUUUGGUAUCAAUGAAUAUUUUGUAUGAAUCUUUGCCUUUAGUAUCAAUGUAUGCAGUUUAAAGCUUUAAAUGUAUAGAGGACACAAAAAUGUUUGAGAUCCCUGUAGGCAUCGUGUCUGUUUGAGGUAGCGAAAAUUCCAAUGCUGUUAUCAGAAACAUUAAAGUGACGUGCACCUUCUGGUUUGGUAA